CCUCUCUUCUCCUCUCCGAGGCCUGCUUGAGCCGAGACGGGGCGCGCUUAGCUGCGGUCUUUCGCCCGGCUUCAUCCAAGCCGUGAUUCUGCCCCACUCUCCCACUCUCCGCUUCCCACUAACAUGAAGAAGGCUAUGGGAUGCCGACCAACAUCAAUGCUCUUAAACCCUACGACCACCUGACUGCUUACCUGCGUACUGCGCAAAGACGAUUUGUUGGACUAGGAAGAGGCAAGCAAGGGCACGAGAGUCUUCGUGCUACAACAUCUUGUCUACCUGCAAUAUGCGCGGCGUUGCGCGGCGUUGUACUCGAUGCUGGGGUAUCAGUCUAUACAGGUCUUAGAGGACUAUGUACAUCAUUCGAGCUGUGAAAUGGCUGAGGCUGGGUAGCAACUGGCCGCCGAGGAUUGGACUUCAGA